AGGAUACUGCUGUUUCAGUGAGGUCCUCACGAUUGGACGUUAGAAACUCCACCGACUACCAGUAUGGACCUGCUUUAUCCCGGUGUAUCCCACAAUCCUUAGUUCUCAGAUCUGCGGCUGAGUCUCCUGACCUCUGAGCUGUGGCCUGUCCUGGUCUAUGACUGAUCCCCCUCCAGAUCUUCUGUCUUUUGGCACAAUGAUGUCAGUGGAUGUGACCAAUCGUAACGGCCCUGCUGCCACGCCCCCCACCUCACUCAGCCUCCGCUCCUCACACAACCAGCUUCUCAGCAGCGACGUCAUCAAACAGGGCUCGGCAACGCCUCCCAAGUGUCGCAAAAAGUACGCCCUCACAAGCAUCCAGGCCGCCAUGGGCCUCGGAGAAGCGGCGCCCCCCUCAUCGUCGCCGUCCCUGUCCCCGACGCAGUCCGCGACGCCCAACAAUCCCAAACUCGCCAAAAAUGGGGCUAACCAGCUGCGUAAAGCUGGCCAGGACCACAACAAAAACACGACCGGCCCGGACUCUGUGGACCUCGAGGGCAGCCCGGAAGAUUCAGCCGACGACGUCAACGUCAACACGGUGGGGGAAGAGGUCAGUCCCGCUUUCACCAACAACGACCGAGAGGACGACGUCUUCCAGAUGGAGGAUGAACUGCACCCCCAUUCGGCCAGCGACGCCGAGACGGAGCAGAAGUCCGAGUCAGACAUGGACUGUAACAUCAACUGCACGGUGAAGCUGAAACUGAACAGCAGCACCUCAGAGUUAGACUUUGACUUGAAUGUGGAGGCGGAGGAGACUGACGACAUCAGCAUCCUGUCUGAGAAGGAAAUCAUGUCAAAGAUGAAAAUCGAGGAGGACGACGGGGUGGAGGAGGAAGAGGACGGGGAGAAGAAGCCUUUGCUGACGCUGAAGGGUGAAUCGCCCGUAAACCUUCCAGGCCUCACACUCAUCUCUGACCUCCACCCCAAUAUCAAACUCCUCCAAUCAGUCAAGAACUCGGGAGUGCCGCCCCCUCCUUGUCCACAAAGGCAACACAGUCCAGAGGACGCCCACCUGCUCUCUGUAGUCUCCUGCCCCUCCUCUUCUUCCUCCUCCCCCGAGACGAAGAAGGACAGAAGGACUGGCGCAAAGACGGACUGUGCUUUGAACCGCAUCCAGAAUCUGAAUCCCAGUGAUGAGGAGUUGAGUUGGACAACCCUUUCACAGGAGAGCAACUCCCCUGAGGAGACAGAUAUCUGGAGUGAGCAGUCAUUCCAGACGGACCCGGACCUCCCUCCAGGAUGGAAGAAGAUCACAGACAUGGCCGGUAUCUACUACUGGCACAUUCCUACAGGCACCACUCAGUGGGAGCGUCCCGCCACCCAUCCUCCUCCCCCUGGACAGGCCGAGUCACCAGCCUUAGGGGAUCACGACGCUUUGACGCCACGGAAACACUCCCUGGGCUCCCUCAGCCCCUCACCCACUCCUGACCAUGAGGCGAGUCUUGGUCUGUUUUUCUUGAGUUCAUGCCAAGCAGAAGUCUUCUUUAGGGCAUCGACUCGCUCCGGCAGCACCACCUCUGACAGUUCGGUGGAGCCUCUGUCCACUCACGAACCCACGCUGCCCACAUGUGGAUUUGUCAACAGCUGCUACUUUCCUCGUUCCACGUCUCUGCAGGGGAUCCUGGAUCAAGAAUGCCGCUCACAGCAUGAGGAAGAGGACGACAAGAAACAGGUGUGGAGUGAAUUCGGAGGGAAAAUUGAUAGUGAAGUGUGGAAGGCAAGUAUAAAGCACUCCCUUGUCACUUGUCUUCAUCAGGACCUGCAGGCAGCCACGGUGAACCCUGACCCCAGUCUGAAGGAGUUUGAGGGGGCCACACUUCGUUACGCAUCUCUCAAACUGAGGAACCGUCCAGCUGUGGAAGAAAAUGAGUCCAGCAGUGUCAACAGUGACCCAGAGGCUAAGUGUUUUGCAGUGCGUUCUUUGGGUUGGGUGGAGAUGGCUGAAGAAGACUUGGCUCCCGGAAAAAGCAGUGUGGCUGUCAACAACUGCAUCCGACAGCUGUCAUACUGCAAAAACGACAUCCGGGACACUGUCGGUAUCUGGGGAGAGGGGAAGGACAUGUACCUGGUACUGGAAAAUAACAUGUUGAACUUGGUUGACCCCAUGGACCGCAGUGUGCUUCACUCUCAGCCAAUAGCAAGUAUCCGGGUCUGGGGCGUUGGCCGGGACAACGGCAGAGACUUUGCGUACGUGGCGAGGGAUAAAAACACCAGGAUCCUGAAAUGUCAUGUGUUCCGCUGUGACACACCAGCCAAAGCCAUCGCUACCAGCCUGCAUGAGAUCUGCUCCCGGAUAAUGACUGAACGAAAGAAUGCAAAAGCAAUGGCAGGAGGUUCUCUGCAGGACAGGAUGCAGGCAGGACUGGAUCUUCCCCUACAAGAAUUCCCCACACCAAAGACGGAGCUGGUUCAGAAAUUUCAGGUGCUAUACCUUGGAAUGUUGCCUGUGGCCAGACCAAUAGGCAUGGAUAUCCUGAAUGGAGCCAUAGACAGUCUGAUUGGCUCUUCCAACAAAGAGGACUGGACUCCAGUGGCCCUUAAUGUGGCAGAUGCCACAGUCACCAUUAGCAAAGAAGAGGAUGAAGAGGAAGUGCUGGUGGAGUGCCGUGUUCGCUUCCUGUCUUUCAUGGGCGUUGGCCGUGACGUGCACACCUUUGCUUUUAUCAUGGAUGCCGGUGGUCACCGUUUUGACUGUCAUGUCCUCUGGUGCGAGCCCAACGCUGGGAGUGUGUCUGAGGCCGUGCAGGCAGCUUGUAUGCUGCGGUAUCAGAAGUGUCUGGUGGCUCGACCGCCCUCCCAGAAAGCCAGCGGCUCCUCGCCCCCCGGGGACUCCGUCUCCCGGCGGGUCUCCACCAGCGUGAAGCGAGGCGUUCUGUCUCUCAUUGACACUCUCAAACAGAAGCGGCCCGUCACGGAGCUGCCACAGUAGCCGCUCCUCAUCACCGUGGUAACUCCUCGCAUCACCCGCAAACAACCCAUCACCGCCACAGAACCCCCACCCCGCCC